AUAGACUGGUCUCUGCAGUCGGAUAACAGAGAGACACCAGUAAUUAAAGGCGUUAAACAGAAAUACAAUGUGAAUGAUGUACUAAACGUGAACUGCUCGACGGCCGCACACGACUCCCAACUCAAAUGGUUUGUUAAUGACGAUCAGGUCAACUCCAGUCAACUAGUAAGAUAUAACAUGGAUGAGACAGGUCAUUUGGUGUUGGGGCUGAUGUUUGUGAUGGAAGUGCAUCACUUCCAGAUGCAGGAGCUAAAGCUCAGAUGUGUGGCUCAGUUUGAUCGGACGAUCGCCGACUUUCAGGAACAGGUGAUCAUCAGAACUAUGAAUCAGGAGGUGAUUGAAGCUCAGAGUAAUGUUGGCAUUAAUAGCACCGCCGAUAAUGGUAUGAAACCAAUCAUAUUAGUGAUCAUUAUGUGA